UUUAUUCUGUUUUUGGGAGAGGUGUGUUGAGUGCCGUCCUGGGCAGAUAGCUACGUUUCAGAUGUGAUUUUCUGCAAAAUGCACACCUCUCCGCGCGUUUUAUUUAUUUAUUUUCAUUUUAUUAUAUACAGAGGCUUGUGAAUUCUUACCACUUCUAAUGUUAACGGAUCCUGACCUGUAGCGAGCUAGCUAGUUAGCUAGCUAGCUAUAAUUCAUAUUGAAGAUUAGCUAGCUAACAAGGCAAGGGUUUGCGCCCUCCUCUGAAUUCCUUCUCGCUUUCGGAAUGUUUUCAAAAAAGCCUCAUGGGGACGUCAAAAAAUCAACACAGAAAGUGUUGGAUCCAAAAAAAGAUGUAUUCACCCGCCUGAAGCAUCUGCGAAUCGUUAUAGAGAAUGCCGAGUCUGUUGACCUGAAGCAUUUCUUCGACCAGAACUACUCCCAUAUCUAUUAUGUGUUCUUUGAAAAUUUUGUCACAAUCGAAGUCAGCCUGAAACAGAAAGGUCACAAAUCCCAAAGGGAAGAGCUGGACUCCAUUCUUUUUAUAUUUGAGAAAAUAUUACAGCUUCUGCCCGAGAGAAUACAGGGGAGAUGGCAGUUCCACAGCAUUGGGCUAAUCCUGAAGAAGCUGCUCCACACUGGAAACUCCUUAAAGAUUCGGCGGGAAGGCGUGCGCCUCUUCCUCCUGUGGAUGCAGGCCUUGCAGACCAACUGUCUUCGUGAGCAGCUUUGGAUCUUCGCCUGCCUGAUCCCCGGGUUCCCCGCCCCCCAGUCGGAAUACGGCCCCCGCACCUUGGACAACCUGGUCAACCCUCCACUCAGCCUCCAGGAGACACAAGUCACCCCAGAGGAAAUCAGCCCUCUAGUUCCUCCUCAGUCCGGGGACAAAGGCCAGGAAGACCUCACAGGCUAUUUCUUAGAAGCACUUUUGAAAUACAUGGUAAACCAGGCCAAGAGUCUGGAAUGGAAAUGCAAGGAAAAUCACGAAAAGGGCUUUGCUUUUCUGUUUGGAAACUUCAAGAAGUAUUAUCUUCCCCAUAUCUUUCCCAACUUUUCCAAGGAGACCAGUUUGUACAGUCCCCUACUGGAGGUUCCCCACAUGAGACCAAAGCCUCACUACGUCGUCGUAAAGAGGGACGCAGAGACCAAUGAACCCAUCUAUUGCACUAAAGAGAUGUUCCUCAACGCCCGCGUCAUCUUCAUCCGCUGGCUGGUGUCCUUCUGGCUGGAGCCGCGCUCCAACACAGGGACGCACAUCCCCGGGGUGGACGGAGAGAACGUGCCAAAGAACAUCCAGAAAGCGGCGGCGGGGCUGGCCGCACGGGAGGAGGGGGGCCCGCGGCCGGAGGCCCUGGACGGGGGGGCGGAGCCGGAGCAGUCGCACUCCAACACCAGCACGCUGACGGAGAGGGAGCCCAGCUCCUCCAGCCUCUGCAGCGUGGACGAGGAGCACCUCACCGACAUCGAGGUGGUGCGCAAGGUCUUCUGCUCCUCCAGGACCAACGUCAACUUCAUCACCGAGGUCUUCCGCCAGGCCUUCCUGCUGCCCAUCUGCGAGGCGGCUGCCAUGCGCAAGGUGGUGCGGGUCUACCAGGAGUGGAUAUCGCUGGAGGACAAGCCAGUCUUCAUGAGAGAGCCAGAGGAGGAGCGCUUAUUCUCCGCCUCCGGAGCCGCCCACCUCGACCCCGUCGCCGAGCACACGCCCGAGAAAGGGAAGGAGGAGGAGAACGUGGCUGACCCCUCUGGCCAUGCCCGACACCCGAGCUGGACCCGGAACUCCUCCUACCAGGGCGCCCUCAACAAAGUGGGGGAGAGCGAGCUGCUGGAGUACAGCGUCCAUGCAGGCGUACAGGCCACUCUGCAGGUUUUCAUCACCAACUCCUGCAAUGUGUUCCUGCUGGAGCCGGCCAAUGACGUGAAGUUCCUCCUGGAGGAGCACAUCGACAUGUGCAAGCGGGUCCUGAACAUUUACCGCAGCCUGGUCAUGCACGAAACCAUGGACCAGAAAACAUGGGAGCAGAUCCUGCUGGUGCUGCUCAGGGUGACGGACUGCGUGAUGAAGAGGCCGCCCUCCAUCAUGCCCCCCGGCAAGAAGACCAUGACUCUCUCUGGGAGACUGGCGGGGGCCGUCUUUCAGACUCUGAUCGUGGCGUGGAUCAAAGGGAACCUGAACGUGUACAUCUCCCGGGAGCUGUGGGACGACCUGCUGCUGGUGCUCUCCUCCCUCACCUGCUGGGAGGAGCUGGUCACCGAGUGGUCCCUCACCAUGGAGACCCUCACCAAGGUGCUGGCGCGGAACCUGUACAACCUCGACCUGAACGAGCUGCCCCUGGACAAGCUGAGCGAGCAGAAGCAGAAGAAGCACAAGGGCAAAGGGGGUGCUCACGAGGGCCAGAAGCUGUCGGUGGACAGGUCCUUCUCCAAAGGCUGGAGUCGAGACCAGCCAGCCCAGGCUCCCAUGAGGCAGCGCAGCGCCACCACAGCCGGCUCGCCGGGCAUCGAGAAGGCCAGGAGCAUCGUCCGCCAGAAGACCGUGGCCCUGCGAAGCUGCUCGACGGGCGACAGCAUCCUGUCUUCAGCCUUUAUCCGCAGUGCUAAAAGCGCACCUGUCCUGAUCCAUUCUCUCCACCCUCUCCUGCCUGACUCUGUCCUCACUCCCCUAGCUGACGAACUGUCAGAUAUGGAGGACCCCCCGCCAGCCCCGCGCGGGUCCCGCACCCGCCACUUCUCCCAGAGCGAGGAGACGCCGCCCUGCGAGGUGUUCUCCGCGUCCAGCGAGGAGCAGCCCCUCCCCCGCAGCAGCAGCACGUCCGACAUCAUGGAGCCCUUCAUCGUCGAACGGGUCAAAGGUGCACUUCCUGUCCUUGACAGUCCGUCUCACGUCCCCCCCCGCCCGCCCGGCCCCCCCAGCCCCCCCGCAGGUGCCGAGGGCAGCAGGGCCUCCUCCCUGGAAGUGGGGGAUAGCAUCUACGAUCACCUGUGCCAGAUGGUAGGGCCCUCCGCCCAGCUCCCCGCGGCCCCCCCGCCCGGCCCGCUGCCCGACGGGGAGGGCGAGGAGGACGACCUCCUGGCCUCGCUCAGGGAGUACCUGAGACAGCGGGGGGAGGAGGGGCUGGAGGAGGAGGCUCUGGCUGACAGGGCUCAGGCAGGGGACGGAGGCAGCGCCGACUCCACCGCCGACGAGGACAGCUUAGACCAGCCAGAGCAGAGCUUCUACGAGUGCCUGGAGGAGUGCGACGGGCAGGAGCGCGACGGGCAGGAGCGCUGGGCCCCGCGGGGCUGGGGGGAGGACGGCGCCGCCGCCGAAACGGCCGGAGGGGGCUCUCCGCUCGCGCGGGACGCGGGGGAGGGCCAGGGCGAUCCGGGUCCCGCCGGCAGGGACGCCGGCGGCGCUCUCCAGGAGAGCAGCGCGCCCCUCCCCCAGCAGGACCCCCGCGCCCAGGCCGGGCUCCACCGCGCCCACGCCGGCUUCAAGCCCCGGCUCCGCGGCAAGAAACGGCACGGCGGCGUGCACGUGAGCUUCCGCCCCUCCACCGAGUCGGUGCAGUUCCACAACCCCUUGGACUCCAAGGAGGCGCACUGGAGAACCAGGCUCCGCAAGCUGAGCCACUUUAGCAGCAGCCACCCCUCCGCGGGGCCCGAGCACCCCAGGCCCGCGCCGGGGCAGAGGGCCGAGGGGCCCUGCGGGGACCCGGCGGAGCGGGAGGGCCCCGCGCGCAGCAGGCUCGGCCGCGCCUCCAUCCGGCCCCGGUCCCGGUCCCGGUCUCAGGAGUCAGGGUGCAGUCACUCGCAGCAGCAGCAGGGGGCGCUGGGCGGGGUGUAUAAAUCUGUCGUACAUGCUCUCUCCAAGCCCAAGGCUCACGUGUCCCCGCAGCGGCAGAGCAAGGUGGCGGCCGAGGCGCCCCUGAGGGACCUGUACACUCAUGUAAUGGGCUAUUUUGGAAGGAAAGCACCAGCCAACAAAGAGGAGCUGAGCCAGAAGGUGCGGCCCGUCUCCGGAGACGCGUGCAGCAGCAACCCCAACAUCAGCGACCCCAUGGACGAGUUCAUCCAGGAGCGCCUGCGGGCGCGGAGCACGUCCGGCAUGACCCGGCGGGGCAGCAGUCCCGGCAGCCUGGAGAUACCCAAAGACCUGCCCGACCUGCUGACCCGGCAGAACGCCAUGCGGCCCAUCGACGACCCGGGCGUGCCCUCCGAGUGGACGUCCCCGGCCAGCGCCAGCAGCAGUGACAUCAUCAGCUCCGACAGCCACUCGGACUCCUUCGGCGCCUUCCAGGCCGACAGCUGCAAGUUCGAAAAUUUCCACUUUGGGCCCGAGUUGUGCGCGGUGGGCUCCCUGGAGCUGGACGGGGGUUCGGCGCAGCAGCAGACUGCCGAGGAGCAGGAGCUGGCCAGCCUGACCACCCUGCACAUCGACUCUGAGACCAGCAGCCUGAGCCAGCAGGCCCUGUCUGCAGAUACCGUCACCAUCACCGGUUCGGAGAGCGCCUCCCCUGCUCACUCCCCGGGGGGGUCCCGCUCCCAGACCCCCUCCCCCGCCACCCUCAACGCCGAGCACAUGGACAACAAGGACCUGCAGCUGGAUGAGAAGCUCCACCACUCCGUCCUGCAGACUCCUGAUGACCUGGAAACCAGCGAGUUUCCCACAGAGGACUGCAGCGUGAUGGCGGGGGGCUCCCUCACCGGUUGGCACGCCGACGUCGCCACGGUGAUGUGGAGGCGGAUGCUGGGCAUCCUGGGGGACGUCAACUCCAUCAAGGACCCGGAGAUCCACGCGCAGGUCUUCGACUACCUGUGCGAGCUGUGGCAGAACCUGGCCAAGAUCCGGGACAACCUGGGGAUAUCCCUGGACAACCAGACGUCCCCCCGGCCCCCCGCCCUGAUCCCGCCCCUGCGCAUCCUCACCCCCUGGCUCUUCAAAGCCACCAUGCUGACGGAGAGGUACAAGCAGGGGAAGCUGCACGCCUACAAGCUGAUCUGUAAGAUCAUGAAGAGGAGGCAGGAUGUCUCCCCCAACUCCGACUUCCUCACCCACUUCUACAACAUCAUGCACUGCGGCCUGCUGCACCUCGAUCAGGACAUUGUGAACACCAUCAUCAAGCACUGCUCUCCGCGCUUCUUCUCCAUCGGGUUGCCGGGGGCGACCAUGCUCAUCCUGGACUUCAUUGUGGCAGCCAGCAGAGUGACAGCCUGCUCGUCCCUCAACGCCCCCAGAGUGGAAGCCCAGAUUCUGCUGGGGUCUCUGGUGUGCUUCCCCAACCUGUACGAGGAGCUCCCUGCACUGCACCCCACCAUGGCCGACGUGGUGAUGACCAAGUUCAAGGACGUCAAGGAGCACAUCGUGAAGCACAUCCUGAGCUCUGCCCGGGACGAGCCGUCGGCCCCGGCCCGGUGCGUGGCGCUCUGCAGCCUGGGCAUCUGGCUCUGCGAGGAGCUGAUGCACAACACGCGCCACCCGCAGAUCAAAGAGGCCCUCAACGUCAUCUGCGUCACCCUGAAGUUUCCCAAUAAAACGGUUGCACUGGUCGCUUCAGAUAUUUUGCACUUGCUCAUAAACUAUGUGGAAGUCCUGCAGAAGUUCCCGCCUGACACUCCCAAGAAGAUAGUUGAGAUUCUCAUUGCUACUAUUACUCACCUGCUCCCGAACACUGAGUCAUCACCUCAUGAGCUAGAUAAACGGCUGGUGGUGUCGUUGCUGCUGUGUCUGCUGGACUGGGUCAUGGCCUUGCCCCCCAAAACCCUGCUGCAGCCUGUGCACACCCUGGGGUCCGACAAGGACAAGGCCGACAAGUCUGUCCUCAGCUGCAUUUACAAGGUGCUUCACGGGUGUGUGUAUGGGGCUCAGACUUUCACCAACCUCAGAUAUUUCCCCAUCAACCUGUCGGACCUGGCCAGCACCGACUACGACCCCUUCCUCCCCCUGGAGAGCCUGAAGGAGCCCGAACCCCUGCACUCGCCCGACUCUGAGCGCUCCUCCAAACUGCAGCCUGCGCCCGAGGUGAAGAGCCGGAUCCAGCAGGGCCUCAUCGCCAUCGCCGCCCGCACCGUCAUCACCCACCUGGUCAACCACCUGGGGCACUACCCCAUGAGCGGCGGGCCCGCCAUGCUCACCAGCCUGAUCUGCGAGAACCAGGACAAUCCGUACUGCGAGAGCGCCGACCUGUCCCCGGAGCUCUUCGACAGCCCCAACCUGCAGUUCUUCGCCCUCAACGGCACCACCCUGCUGUCCAGCCUGCAGAUCCGGGCGGAGGACAACGUGCCGGGCGGGGGCAUGUCGGCCGGCCUCACCACCACCAGCGCCGGCGUGCGCGUCAUCGUGCGCGACAUCUCCGGCAAGUACUCCUGGGACUCGGCCAUCCUGUACGGGCCCCCGCACUGCGCCCAGCCCUCCCAGCCCCUGGGGCUCCUGGCCCCGCCCCACGCCCUGCAGGCCCCGCCCCACGCCCGCCACACCCCGCCCACCGACGAGGACCGGGACGGGCUUCAGGAGGAGGAGCUGGAGGAGGACGAGGCGGAGCAGGAGGAAGAGCAGGAGGCGGAGGAGGAAGAGGGGGAGCGGCGGGCAGAGGAGGAGGAGGACGAGGAGGUGGAGGAAGAGGACGAUUCGGCGCUGGAGUUCAUGGCGCCCCAGGCCAAGCGGCGGUGCCGGGAGGUGGUGCCCUCGUGGGACUCGGUGCGGGACGAGGAGGACGCCCUGGACGAGCUGCUCCAGUACCUGGGCGUGACCAGCCCCGAAUGCCUGCAGCGCGCCGGCGCGCCCCUCAACAUCCCCGCCCCGCCCCCGUCCUGCGUCUCCGAGAAGCAGGAGAACGACGUCAUCAACGCCAUCCUCAAGCAGUUCACCGAGGAGAAGGACUUCGCCGAGCGCCGGAGCAACGACAUCCACAUGAGGGCCGUGGAGCAGGAGGAGCCCGGCCCCCAGAAGCCCCAGUCUGCUUUCUACUACUGCAGGCUCCUCCUCAACAUCCUGGGCAUGAACUCCUGGGAGAAGAGGACCAAUUUCCACCUCCUGAAGAAGAACGAGAAACUGUUGAGGGAGCUGAAGAAUCUGGACUCCAGGCAGUGUCGUGAGACGCACAAGAUUGCCGUCUUCUACGUGGCGGAGGGACAAGAGGACAAGCACUCCAUCCUGUCCAACACCCGGGGCAGUCACGCCUACGAGGACUUUGUGUCUGGGCUGGGCUGGGAGGUGAACCUGACCAGCCACUGCGGCUUCAUGGGGGGCCUGCAGAGGAACCGCAGCACCGGCCUCACCACCCCGUACUUCGCCACCUCCACCGUGGAGGUCAUGUUCCACGUGUCCACGCGCAUGCCCCCCGACUCGGACGACUCCCUCACCAAGAAGCUGAGGCACCUGGGAAACGACGAGGUGCACAUCGUUUGGUCGGAGCACUCCCGGGACUACAGGAGGGGGAUCAUCCCCACGGAGUUCGGAGACGUCCUCAUCAUCAUUUACCCCGUCAAGAACCACAUGUACAGCAUCCAGAUCCUCAAGAAGCCGGAGGUUCCGUUCUUCGGGCCCUUGUUCGACGGCGCCAUCGUGGACGAGAAGAUCCUGUCCACCCUGGUGCGAGCCACGGCCAUCAACGCCAGCCGCGCCCUCAAGUCCCUCAUCCCGCUCUACCAGAACUUCUAUGAAGAAAGAGCCCGUUACCUGGAGACCAUUGUCCAGCACCACCUAGAACCGACCACCUUCGAGGACUACGCUGCCCAGGUCUUUUGCCCCGCCCCCUUCAAUCACCUUCCCUCAGAAGCAGGCUCAUGCCCCGAGAGUCAGCCGGGCGAAAGUCCAGCGGCGCAGGUAGACGGGAGCGACUUAGCCUCGCCAAUGUCACCUCGUGCUAGCAAGAGCCGCAUGUCCAUGAAGCUCCGCCGCUCGUCCGGCUCAGCCAAUAAGACCUGACCGCCAGGACCGCGCCCCCCAGCAAAGACUCCGCCCACCCCGCCCCCCUGUCCUCCAACACGACACCCCCCCCCCCCCCCCCACCGAGCUGGGCCUAUCUUCCAACUCUCUUCUACCGAGGGACCUCUUCCACACAUAUAGACAGAUGUAUAAAGAGCGAAAAGUAUGUAUAUUCAAAGUAUAUAUUCAAAGUACAUAAUUAUUUGUGUACGAAAAGGAAAGCCACACAGAGGUGUGUAUUUUUGGCGUGCGUCUGGUGCUCGAGAAGCAGCCGGCGCGUUCAUUUACUUUUCUUUUGUACUGAAAUAACAGACUCGUGUCAUCUGCUGUGUGAUUUUAGCUGUUGCCACUGUGUAAGAAGGUCACGAGUUCCCUCCUCUCCGCACCACUAUGAUGCCAGUGAUUGUAAGAGAAACAAAUUUAUUUAAGCUUACCUUCUUCCUUCAGUUACUGCUUACUCCAUACGGUUUUUUUAUAUAUAUAUAUAUUUGUACAGUAGUCUAUAAUGGAGAAUUAAACCGUUACUAAAGGGCUUGGUCAAAGAUGGCAAAUGUCGGUUGGCAAAAUCAGAUUUAAGCUAUGAAAUACGACACCCGUGUCUGUGAAGUGUAAAUUGUUUGGUUAAGUCUAAGCACUUGCUCAUGUUGCAUUUUGGAUUUGAUACACUAAAUAUCAAUAUGGUUAUUUUAUCCCAGAAUGAUAUUCACUACUGUUUUUUUUUCUUUCGUUUAUUAUGAAGAUUGUAAAAUCUGUUUUCAACUUCUGAUGCAGAAUGUUACUGAUUUUGUCUGUUUAUGUAAAAUGUGUAAUAUUGAAACUACCCCUUCUCACUCAUAAUGGUUAUAUAUAAAAAAAUGUAUAUGUAUAGUGUAUGAACCGUACCUGGUCUGUGUAUAUAUUUUACAAUAUUUAUAUCUGCCAAAAAAAAAAAAACUUAAAUUGACCUCAAGCCACUUAGAACAACAAUCCAAGGUGAAAUAAAGCUCUCUUCUCGCUUGCGUUUGAUUUGAGGGCGCUUGCUCUGGCCGGGCCCUGCUGAAGUCCACUCGGUGCUGGAGGUCGCGUGCGGUCCGCUCACAGCAGAGAUGGACCGGAACGUUCACGGUGGGGACGAUACCCUGAACUUAAAGGCCCUCCUCCUCUCCAAACCCCCCCCCCUCCCCCCCCCCCCCCCCCCCCCCCACUCUCCAAACAUUAGUAACGUGGGGGGGGAGACGCACCGCUGCGUGAAAAGAAAGACGCGUAUCAUUGCCCGAAAAAGAGGGAGAUCACACUACACGAUUAUGCCAAACCAGACUGAUUGGAGGCUCCGGUGGGCUGAUGGUACUGCCGGAGCCGGGCAGAGCGCUGCUCAUCGCGGCACUCUUCUGGCUUUUCUCUGCGAGGGGACGGGAGAAGCCGCCAUGCUGUCCCAUGCCCUUGUUUUCAAACGGGGCCCAUUGCACCAAUCGCCAACUUUGUGUACCGUACAAGCAGCACUGCUUUUUUUAUUCUUUUGAAUACUGAAACUUUUUGUUGCCAUUUUAUUAAUUUUUGUUUGAUUUACGUAUAUUCACAUUCAGCAAUAGGUUCUCUGUUAGAGACUAAAGGGAUUGCAAAUGGUCUUUUUUUUGACCAACUCAAAUUAGUUUUCUUUUCUUUUCUUUUUUUUAGAAUAUUUGUCACUGUUUCAACAGUUGUUUCUUGAAUCUCAUUUGUUUUCGAGGUCAAUUAUGUGUUUUCUUUUGCUACUCGCACAUUUGUGAGGUUGUGAACGCUUAUUUUCAGUUAAAUAUUUUUGUGCUCUUUUUGAUCUUCAGAUAGUUCAAGGUGGUUUAGAAAAUGUCUUUUAGUUCAGAUAUGAGGUGUACCAAGGAGGGGGGGAAAGAAACACUUUCACGUGAUUGGGUGGCAGUCAGUGAAGAAUAUGCCACAUCCUAUGGGUUGAUUUGUCCAAAUGAAUUGUGUGUACUGCAUUCCAGUCUCUGAAAUGUGCACAUAGUAAACAGAAAAAAACCUUUGCUCAUCAGCAGUUGUAUGCUACUACUGACCAAAACGCAGCAUGGCACCAGUACUAACUGCAUGUGUUGAUAUAAAAGAGCUACAAACCACACACAAAUAUUAGUCUUGUCAAACUUGUAGUAUCUAUACAUUUGUAAUGGCUGUAAGGCAAGGAAAAUGGAUGUGCAAUUAAAUUUGACAAUAAAAAGUAUUCUUAUCACUUC